AUGCCAUGGCCCAGCUUCGCCCAGCAGCGCUCGCAGCGCCACCCCCGCGCCCGGGGCCUGCCCCCGGACAGCUGCCCGCACACCGGCCACGCGCAGGAGCACCAUCAGCGCUGCGGCUUGCCGCCGUCGUGGGCCACGCACGCGGCGGCGGCGGCAGCCUCCGCCGCCGGGCCCCGCCGAGCGGCGAGCGGCGCGGCCUCGCCGCCGCCUCCGAGCGCGGCCGCAGGGUGGCUCGACACCCCGGCGUCUCCCAGCGUAUCUGCUGGCACGCAGCUGACGAUCAAUCCGUGCUCUGCCCGCCCGCCGCUGGUGGUCGGCUGCUGCGCGGCCUGCCCAGCGCCGUCAGGCUUCUGCACCGGCGCCGAAGGUGGAAGGCCGGCGGGCCAGGCGACGCACAUGAGUGGAUAUUAUGCCUCCUCACCGCCUGUAGGUUACCUCUCUGGCGCCGAGUCUGGGAGACAGGUCGACCAGGCGACGCCUUGGGGUGGAUAUUCUGUCCCCCCGCCACCUGUAGUUUAUCUCGCCGACGCCGAGGCUGGAAGACCGGUCGACCAGGCGACGCCCUGGGGUGGGUGCUGUGCCCCCCCGCCGCCUGUAGCUUACCGCGCCGACGCCGAGGCCGGGAGACAGCUCGAUCAGGCGACGCCGAGUGGUGGAUACGGUGCCCCCCCGCCGCCGAUUACUGACUCCUCCGUCGCUGGGGCCAGGGGACAGGCCGACCAGGCGACGCGGAGUGGUGGCCUUCGUGGUCGCCCGCCGACGGCCCCUCCCGGCACCGAGGCCGAGGCCGACCGGGCGGCGCCGGGCGGGUGGAUGCCGCCGCCGCCGCCGCUGGCGCUGCGGCCCGAGGGGCCCCUCCUCAAGGAGCAGCGGCCCUCGGGCGCCGCCCGCGCCGGAGGGGGCCAGGAGCGAGCGGGCGCCACCGCCGGCACUGGGGAGGGCCGGCACGACCAGGACGCCGACUGCCUGGCGGCAGCCGUCGGGGCAACGCAGUGGGACAUCCUGAGCAGCUGCGGCUUCCUGCGGGUGGAGGAGGUCCAGGUCAAGCGCCGGCGGCGCGCCCGCAGGGCCACCUACAGCCACGCCACCUCGCUCACGAUGUUUGUCUCCGGCCUCCCGGGGGGCGAGAGGGACCAGUGGCUGGACCCGCUCCUGCUGAGUGUGAAGGCCGUGGUGGAGAGGCUCACGAGCUUCACCUGCGACAUCCAUUGCCGCAAGUUGUACGUCUCCGACGCGGCCAGGGACUCGGUGGUCCACGUGGACGUCCGCCCCUACCGCGCGCGGCCUGUUUGA